AUGUUUACACAAUCAAUACCAGAAUGUUAUAGUUGUAAACAACCAAUUACAGAAAUUUGUUUAACAGCAUUUGGGUUACAAUGGCAUCCACAUCAUAUUGGAUGUAAUGUGUGUGGUAAAGAUUUUUCAGAUGGUUCAAGAUGUGAAGAAGGUCCAGAUGGAUUCGCCUAUUGUUCAAAGGAUUUAUUAGAUAAAUUUGCUCCAAAAUGUCAAAAAUGUAAACAAGCAAUCAUAGGUCAAACUACUAAUGCUGUUGGUAAAACUUAUCAUCCUGAACAUUUUCAAUGUGAAACUUGUAAUAUGGUAUUAACAGGUAAUUUCUAUCAUACUGAUGAUGGAACACCAUUUUGUGAAAAACAUUAUUAUGAAAAGAUUGGUUUCUUAUGCAGACAUUGUGAUAAACCAAUCAUUUCUGGUAAAUGUAUCACUGUUGGUACAACUCGUUUCCAUCCAGAACAUUUCUUUUGUCAAUUUUGUAAAUCAAAUUUAUCUGGUGUAGGUUAUAAAAAACAAGGUGAUAAAUGUUAUUGUAAUGAAUGUUUCUUAAAAUUAUAUGGUUAA